AUGGGUGGAGCCCCGGAAAAUUCGAUGGAUCCAGUCGAAUUGUCCGCAAAAACAGAUAUCGAAGCACCGCCUGUGAAGCUUGUUGUCACGGAAAAGGAUCGUGAUCCUGAUCUGGUCGAUUGGGAUGGUCCUGAUGAUCCUGAAAACCCAUUUAAUUGGCCUUCUUAUAAGAAAUGGCGACAGUUAAUUUUCAUGGCUAUUAACACAUUCAUGACCCCCCUCGCCUCCUCAAUGUUCACACCAGGUGUAGCAGAUAUCCAGAAAGAGUUUGGCUCUGACAGUACAAUGAUGGCCUCAUUCCUAGUGUCAAUCUACGUCCUAGGUUAUGUUGUCGGUCCGUUCCUGAUAGCGCCGCUAUCUGAAUUAUACGGGCGCAUUCCCCUCUACCACACCUGCAAUAUCUUCUUGUUGAUCUUCACCAUCGCAUGUGCCGUCUCGCAAAGCUUACCUCAGCUUCUAGUCUUCCGGCUCCUGGCGGGUAUCGCGGGUGUUUGUCCGCUGACAAUCGGCUCAGGCACCGUGGCUGACAUGGUGUACAAGGAGAAACGUGCCGGUGUCAUGGCCAUCUGGGCGAUGGGCCCGUAUAUGGGACCGGUGGUAGGGCCUGUUGCGGGUGGUUUCUUAGUGGAGGCUGAGGGGUGGAGAUGGGUAUUUUGGGUUCUUGCUAUUACCAUUGGUGUUAUCCUGAUUGGUUCAGUAUUCUGCUACCGAGAGUCUUACGCGCCGGUGUUACUGCGACGGAAAGCAGCACGACUGCGCAAAGAAACUGGGAAUCCCAAUCUUCGCUCUAUUUUCGAUAAUGGGGCUAGGCUACCUCGUCAAAUCUUCUUCUCUGCUCUUUCGCGUCCCAUCAAGCUGCUUUUUACCUCACCCAUUGUCUUCAUGAUGGCGCUCUUCGCCGCUAUCACCUAUGGAUAUCUCUACCUGAUGUUCACCACCAUGACGUCCAUCUUCGAAGACCAAUACGGCUUCAGCCAGGGUCUCGCGGGUCUAGCCUACCUUGGCUUUGGAGUAGGCUGUGCCCUCGGUCUACUCAUCGUUGGAAAAUCAGUCAACAAAAUCGCAGCCAAACACUCAGCUGAGGGCCGUUUCGCACCGGAAUCGCGUCUCCCGCCAAUGCUGUACGGGUCUUGGGCCAUUCCGGUCGGGCUCUUCUGGUAUGGAUGGUCAGCACAGGAGAAGGUUCACUGGAUCAUGCCGAUUAUCGGUACUGCCAUUUUCGGUUUCGGUCUCGUGGCUGUUUUUGCUACUGUUAGUGCCUAUUUGGUCGAUUCAUAUGUUCGUUACGCUGCAUCCGUGACUGCCGCCAAUGUUUUUCUGCGCUCGCUUUUUGGUGCCGUCUUGCCGCUGGCUGGUCCAUCAAUGUAUGAUGCGCUUGGGUUGGGAUGGGGAAAUUCGCUGUUAGCAUUCAUUGCGCUUGCUAUGUGCUUUGUCCCAUUCCUUUUUGUGAGGUACGGAGCAAUGAUUCGAACUCAUCCACGAUUCCAGGUGGAGCUUCGUUGA